AUGGCAAUGCCACCAAUCCAACGCAUCAAUCAAGACUCAGCCACCAAAGUCAAGCUUGAAUCAGCAAAAAAUCUUGUGACUUUGAAAGUCCAAGCAGGGGAUGAUCAUGAUGUUAUCUACAGAGUGAAGCGUGACUUUCCUUUAUAUCACAUGAAACUCGUCUACUGCGACCGCCUUGGUCUCGAAUAUGGAGUUGUUCGUUUCGUUUAUGGUAAAGCAGAGGUUCCAGGUGCUAAAACUCCUGAUGAUCUUAUGAUGAAGAAUGGAUGUACCAUUGAUACUUGGGUUGACAAGUUUGGGGGCUGA